AUGUCGAAUUCAAUCAUGGCCGAACCUGUUGAAAUCAAAGCUACUUCGGCUGAAGUGAAAUCGUCAACCACCUCCUCGGUCAAAUCGUUCUUGUCGGGUGGCUUCGGUGGUAUGGCUUCGGUGAUUGUCGGCCAACCUUUCGAUCUUCUCAAAGUCCGCAUGCAAACCUCUGAAGGCGUGUACAAAAACACUGCCGAUUGUUUCAAGCAAAUCUUGAAGAAGGAUGGUGUAUUGGGUCUUUAUCGCGGUAUGGCCACGCCCUUGGCCAGUAUCACACCUAUUUUCGCCGUCAGCUUCUGGUCUUAUGAUCUCGGCAAGAAGAUCGUUUACAGUUUGAGAACGGACAAGGAAAACAAGGAGCUUUCGCUGGCGGAAGUCACGUUUGCUGGUGCCUUUUCGGCAGUUCCUACCACGUUAUUCAUGGCGCCUUCGGAGCGUGUCAAGGUACUGAUGCAGAUCCAAGGUCAAGGCGGUGAACAAAAAUAUAAGGGCCCAUUCGACGUUGUACGUCAGUUGUACAAGGAAGGGGGUGUGCGCUCCAUUUUCAGGGGCACCGGUGCAACCUUGUUGCGUGAUUCGCCGGGAUCGGCGGCUUAUUUCGUAGCUUACGAAUUAAUCAAGAAAGCAUUGACGCCUGCUGGCUCCCGUCCCGAAGAUCUUAACCCGGGUGCUGUUUUGUUUGCGGGUGGUAUGGCCGGUGUUGCCAUGUGGACCAUCGCUAUUCCUCCCGAUGUGCUGAAAUCCCGUCUCCAAUCGGCCCCUGCUGGUACCUACAACGGCUUACUCGAUUGCUUGCAAAAGACCGUCAGAACCGAUGGUACCCGUGCCUUGUUCAAGGGUCUCGGUCCCGCCAUGUUGAGAGCUUUCCCUGCCAACGCCGCUACCUUCCUUGGUGUCGAAUACUCCAUGAAGGCCAUGAACUUGGUAUUCUAG